UGGAAUUCAGAACGACAACACGCUUCUGAGCGACUAAAACAUGCUAUGGUUAAUUCCCCUGUCCUGACCCUGCCUGAUUUCCCUAGGGACCAUGGACUCGAGUAGCCUAGCGCGAAAGAUGAGGUCGCUGUGCAUCGCGGGGGAGCUCUCUCGGGCCGUGAGCCUCCUCCACCGGAGCGCCGUGUGCGCCGUCUCGAGCGCCUACGCUCUUCUGCUGCAAGAGUGCGUGAACCGGAGGGACGCGAGGCUCGGCAAGAGGAUCCACGCGCGCAUGGUCUCCACCGGCUUCAGAUGCAGCGACUACAUGGCCACCAAGCUGCUGAUCUUCUACGCGAAGAUCGGGGAGCUCGGCGUCGCCCGGGACCUGUUCGACGGAAUGCCGCGGAGGGACGUCGUGGCGUGGAACGCGAUGGUAUCCGGGUGCACGCGCGGGCGCGAGGAGGCGCAGGCGGUGGAGAUGUUUGGUCUGAUGCGGGCGGAGGGGCUGAGGCCUGACCAGUUCACGUUCGCGUCGGUGCUCUGCGCGUGCGCCAGGAUGGCCGCGCUGGACCACGGCCGGCGCGUGCACGGCGUCAUGGUCAAGUCCGCCGUCGCCGACGUCAACGUGUUCGCCAACAGCGCGCUCGCCGACAUGUACCUCAAGUGCAGCAGCGCCGAGGACGCGCGCCGGGCGUUCGCGGCCGCGCCGGAGCGGAACGUCACCAUGUGGACCGCGCUCAUCUCCGGGCACGGCCAGCACGGCCACGUGCGCGAGGCGCUGGCGCUCUUUGACGAGAUGACGCGCGACGGGUUCCGGCCGAACGACGUGACGUUCCUCGCCGUGCUCUCGGCCUGUGCGCAUGGUGGGCUCGUCGACAAGGGGCUGAGGCACUUCUCGUCCAUGCCGUCGGACUACGGGCUCACCCCGAAGGGCGCGCACUACGCGGCGGUGGUCGACAUGCUCGCCAGGGUCGGCAGGCUCCGCGACGCCUACGAGCUUGUCAAGAACCUGCCGGACUGCCAGGAGCACUCGGUGGUCUGGGGCGCGCUGCUGGGCGCCUGCAGGAAGCACGGCGACGUGGGGCUGGUCGAGCUUGCCGCGCCGCACUUCUUUCGGCUGCAACCGGGGAACGCAGGCAAGUAUGUCGUCCUCGCGAACACGUACGCUGCCUGCGACAUGUGGGACAGCAUGGCUGGUAUGCAUGAGGCCAUGAAGUCGCUCGGCAUUCGGAAGGACCCUGCUUGGAGCGCCGUCGAAGUCCAGGGGAAGAAGCACAUCUUCCUCGCCAGAGACACAUACCACGACGAGCGUUGGGAGAUAUACGAGGCCUGCAAUGCCUUGGCCCGUGCGAUCACUGAUCAACCCUUGCGAGUGUGAGUUAUGGACUGCUUCGGCGAUUGCUGCUGGUCGGAGAUGUGAAUAAAUCCUUGCGAUUUGUUGAGUGACGUGCUGGUCUUCUUGUUGCCAGCAGUUCAGCUGUAUCCAUGGACUGACAGGCAGUACUGGCAGCACCAUCUGAAGGGGAUGUUUCUGAAUGACACAGCACAGUCGGUCGUUCGGACAAGAGAUAGAACAGCUGAUUUCUCUGGAAGCAACAAUCUCAGAUUUGCGGGCCCACACGACCAUCUAUGUUGCUGGUACCGAAAUGCCUUGAACGUACUUGGGAGCUCACUUUUAACCUGAAACAACAUUUACAAGUUCAGCACAUGGUUCAUACAAGGAGUGCAAAGUGAUGCAGUGGUUUUCUUGCAUGAACUGAUAGGUUACUGGUGCAUAUUUACCCUGAGAUCACCAAGGUACACAAACUUCCAUCCCUUGAGGCUUGCUCUGACUGCCAGGUCCAUGUCUUCGACCGUGGUUCGGUCCUUCCAGCCACCUGCCUCAUUCAGAGCAGAUAUGCGCCACACACCAGCGGUUCCUGUUCAAGAAGUAUUUUGCAUGUUAAGAAGGAUCAGGUGAUGCAAAGUGUGACUGCUGGCUGCUGCUAAAAUCAAUGGUCAAGCAUGUACUACUAUCUGUCAGUGACUCCAGGAAAAUAUAUAUUGGGAAUUUUAUCCUUCAAUUGUGUUAUCUCGAUCAACCUUCGUGUUUUUUCUGGAUCUUUUUCCUCGGUUGGACCUAGAGCUGCCUAACAUCAAACUCGUUGGCGCAAUUGGUUAUCUGCAUAAUGGUAACUCUGAUCAUGUUGCAA